GUAAACUAAAGGGGUUUUAUUCAUAACUGAACAUCGUUAACGUUCAGACGAACUUUGCGAAAAGCUCUCGUUUUCUCAAUAAAUAUCUUAAAGUCAUACCGUUCGGUUAGAUUAUAUUUUUAUUCGUUGUCGAUUCAAAUAUCCAUACAAUUAAAAAUAAUAACGAAUUAAAUUUUUAACAACGUAACGUAACGGAUGAAGUAGGAUUUCAAUUUAAAAUAUUAUAAAACUAAAUAAAUGUAUAAGAAGAAAAAAUAAAAAAUAUAUAAAAACAUACAUGAAUGCAAUUUAUACAAAAAGAUUUAAAAAAAUAAAAUUAAUUUUGUGCAGUUUUAUGUAAAAAGUGAAGAGAGAAAAGAAAUUGUGUUUUCAAAUUUCAAAUAGAAAUAAUUUAAAAGAAAAUUAUUUACAAAAAUUAUAUUUAUAUUUGAAGAAACAAAAAGUGUUAAAAGUGUUAAUCCUUAUAAGAAAACUAAAAACUACAAUUCAAAAAACUUAUUUAAAAAAUCAAGUAAAACAUACAAACAAAAAUGAAGGAACUUUCGAACUUUUUUAAUGGCCGGUAUAGUGCCGUUAGUACAAACGAUGAAAAUAAUCAAAAUAAUCCACCAUCUAAUCAUAUUCAGCAUACGGAGAAACGUAGAAAAAGCUUAAAUCCGAAUCGUUCUUUGAAUCAAGGAUUCAAUAUAGUAAAUUCGUUUUUUAGCGAGCGCGUUGAAGGCAAAAGGGCAAGAGUUCCAAAAUGUGCCUUCUUGUUACUUCUUGGAGGUCUAUUAGCUAUUACUGGUGCAGUGCUAGUAAAAAUUUUGGGACCUUAUGAUUUAAUAUUCAAAUGGAAAUUAGUUUUCGCAGAAGGAGGUGAAAUUUUUGGACUAUGGGAAAAACCACCAGUAGAUUUGUAUUUGAAAGUUUAUCUUUUUAAUAUUACAAAUGCCGAAGCGUUUAUGGAAGGUCGUGAGAAAAUGAAUGUCGAGCAAGUUGGACCAUAUGUUUAUAAAGAACUAAUGACGCACGAGAAUGUGACAUUUAAUGAAAAUGGUACAGUUUCAUCCAUACCACGUCAUCCACUAGUUUGGCAGGAAGCAAUGUCUGAAGGCCGAAGAGAAGAUGACGAAGUUUGGAUGUUAAAUAUUGCUAUGCUGUCCAUUGCUCAAGUUGCAUCUGAUAAAAGUUUCUUCGUACGUUUUCCAAUUAAUGUUAUGCUAGCAAAUACUGACAAUACUCCAAUUACAAAAAUGACAGCUCGAGAAUUCAUGUUUGGUUAUAAAUCAUCAAUAACAACUUUGGGCAAUACUUUUCUUCCUGGCUGGAUUUAUUUUGACAAAGUUGGUCUUAUUGAUAGGAUGUACGACUUUGAUACUGAUUUUGAAACAUUCUAUACUGGUGCCCAAGAUCCUAGUGUUUCAGGUCUCUAUGAUACUUAUAGAGGUUCUCAAGAUUUAGUCCAAUGGCAGGGUCAUCAUUGUAGUAACAUCAAUUUGGCUUCUGAUGGAACGAAGUUUAAGAGCUUCAUUCAACCAAAUGAAACAAUUCGAUUUUUCCGGAAAAGCAUGUGCAGUCCUCAGAAUUUGGUACGAACAGGUGAUGAAGUUGUUUUAAGCAAUUUAGCCGGUUACAAAUAUGUUUUCGAAGAGAAUGCUUUCGAUAAUGGAGAAUUCGAAGAAAAGAACAAAUGCUUUUGUCGACAAGGUUAUUGUCAACCACGCGGACUUAUCGACGUCACUGAUUGUUAUUAUGGAUUUCCCAUUUCUCUAAGUUAUCCACAUUUCAUGGAUUCUGAUCCAGGCUUGACGAAUAAUGUAACCGGUCUUAAGCCAAACCGUAGUGAACAUUCCAGUCACUUUGUCAUUCAACCGGAGUCUGGGUUACCACUUGAGCUCUCGGUAAAGAUUCAAAUAAAUAUGCACAUGAGAAAUGUUCGCAGUAUGAACAAGGUUGAGCGUUUUAGCGACCUUACAUUCCCGAUGUUGUGGUUUGAGAUUACAAUGAUGGAACUGCCGCCCUCUUUGGCCACUCGUUUUAACUUCUACCUUAACAUUUUACCAUACAUUGAUAUCCUCGGAUUCUGGGGUGGCUUAAUCGCGGGCAUAGUUUGCCUGUUCUUUGCCAUUAAACGAGCCACAAUGAAGAUAUCAAACUUUAAGAAUAUCUCAGAGAAUGGCAAGUCAUAUGCCAAGGCUAAUCUUCGAUCUGGUGUUUAUAAUCCUUGUGAAAUGAAACUAAUGCAAACGAAUGAAAAGGAGAAUAGCAAGUUGUCUAUGAUACCCACGGCAACAGCUACGGCUACGGCUAGGCCAAAUGAAAUUAAAGCUGAACGAGGAGCUUUGGCGUAUGAUGUCGACUUAAAGGCAGCUAAUACAGGGAGUUAUAUACUAGAAAAUGAGCCUGCUGUUUCUGAUGUUGAAGACGAUGCCGAUGAUGGUAAUGCAAGUGAUGCGUCAAGUAACAGUUUGAGCAGUGACAUCGAAGAAGACUACCUGACAGAUGAAACGAGAAGUAUACAAAAUGUAAAUGCCAGCGAUGAUAAAUCGGCUACUAGAAGUUUAAGUAGUAGUGGUUUUGCAUCAAAUAAUGUGAGUGAAGAACAACAAACAUGGCCAUCAAGUUCUGGGUCAACAGGCGAAACAGCACUGCUAAUCGAUGAAGAGGAUAUUGAAGAUCUACCACCCCUUCGAAUAGAAGAAUAGAGAGAGAGUACAAAACGAAAGUUGAUUGGAAAAGCCAUAAGUGAUGAAGAAGUGCUAUUAAUCAAGAUCGUGAUAAAACAAAAAAAAACAUACAAACUAAAAAAAUAGUAGACUAGUAGAAUUAAGUUUUUAGCGAUCCCAUAAUGUCGUUUUUUCCUUCAUUAAUUUAUGCUUAAUUUUUUUUAUUUUAUAAUUUUUUUUCAUUUCAUUUUAUAGUUUCUUUGAAUUUGUGUGACUUUUCCAAUUCUUAAUUUUUAUCCAUAUCUCUCUUUAUGAACUGUGAUAUAAUGGGCGGUAAGAGUUUUCCUAUUUUUAUCGCCUAAAAUAUUUUGCGUUUUUCAAUUAGUCGAAAGCUUUAUCAACAAAUAGCGUUUGUUUUUUUUUUUCUGUACAAAAAAAAAUUAAGCAUGAAUGAGAAAGAAUGAUACACUCAAAUACUAGGCUUACACUUGCCAUUAUACUUUGACACACUUGCUUGUGUCACUUUUUGACACACUUAUUUGUGCCAUUUAUUGACGCUUAUCAUGUUUCUUGUCUGUUGUUCUUUUUUAGAAAAAGAAAAUAACAAACAAUUUAUAUAUUUUUGAAAAGCCAAAAGUGUAAUCCUGGAAUCAAUUUUCCAAUUUUGUUGGGAAAGCUAAAAAUGGAGUGUUAUAUAGUAUAUUUUAUCUACCUCUGUGAGGCAAUGAACGAAGAAUUUCAAAUUACAUAAACAAUUUUUUGGGUUAUUAGUUGUAUUUUAUUCCUAAUUUAAUGCACAAGUUUGUACAUACUUUCAAGCAUAGGACGGGCAUAACUAACUCAUGUUUAAAAAUGUCGGUGACUGAAUAAAUAACGUUCGGCUCUCUAACAUAAUUUUGUUUUUAAGUUUCAUAACUCCGACAAUGUGCACUACUUAAAAAAAAAUAUUAACAAAUUAUUUAAAAUGAUCAAUUUAUAAAUUCAAAAUAAUACUAAUUCAGUUGGAUUUUGCAGCGAUAAUAAAAUAAUUGUAUUUUUUUUUAUAAAUAAAAAAAGUUAUGUGUUGGCAAAAAACAAGAUAAUUUAAAAAAAAAAAAAAUUAUUUUGUUAUUGAUUGUGCAAUAAAAUAAAUUUGUUGAUAUUGUAAUGUUUAUAUAUACGCUGUGAUUAUGUGUAUUUUCUUUUUUUCUUUCAAAAGAAGUUGGGAUUUUGAAAUGACAUACAAAUAAUUUUAUAGUUUUUAAUUUUAUAUAAUAAGUAAAAGAAAAAUUGUAAAUUAAUUCUAAAAAAAAGACUUCUUUAUAGCCAAGAAGAAGAAGAAGAAAAGAAAUAUAUAAAAAUGCAUAUUUUUUAUUUAAGCCUAUGUAAGACUAAGUUAGAUUUAAGUAUAAGUUAAUUUUGUAUUCAAUUUUAUAUUUUUAGGGUGUAAUUUAUAUAGUUUUGAAAAAAGAAAUAAACGAAAAUUUAAAUAUUAAAAAUAA